GAUCCUAAUUUUGGUUUCUUUGUGGGGUCAGAUCCUUCAUCGUAAUCUAUUGGUCUAAAAGGAAGAUCACUGUAAUUACAGUAUCUAAUAAACUAAUUACUUAUAAGUACUUUAUUAUUUACUAAGCCAGAUUUUCCAGACAUCUUUUGGUCGUGACGGCUCGAACUCAUCGCAAGUUCAUACGACGGCGUUUCGGUUGUUUCUGGUGUCUCCUCCAUGUCUAUUUCCUCCUCUACCAACCUUAGGCGCUCUCCGAUCUCAGCUACUCUGGAAAGGAGAUUAGAUGCAGUAGAACAUACAAGAGCUAACAAUGUGAGCUUUGAGCAGACAAAGGAAAAGAUUAGGAAGAUGUUGGAAAAAGUGGAGCUUUCUGUAUCAGCUUAUGAUACCAGUUGGGUAGCAAUGGUUCCAUCACCAAGCUCCCAGAGUGCUCCACUUUUCCCACAAUGUCUGAGCUGGUUACUGGAGAAUCAACAUGAGGAUGGAUCUUGGGGACUUGAUCAUCCAUCUCUUAAGAAGGAUAUGUUAUCUUCUACGUUGGCGUGUAUCCUCGCGUUGAAGAAAUGGGGAACUGGUGAAAGGCAAAUAAGCAAGGGCCUACAGUUUAUUGAGCUCCAUUCUGCUUCAGUCACUGAUGAAACCAUAGAGAAACCAGCAGGGUUUGAGAUUAUAUUUCCUGGGAUGAUUGAGUAUGCUAGAGACUUGAAUCUGGUGGUUCCAUUGGGCUCAGAAGUGGUGGAUGCCAUGAUACAGAAAAGAGAUCUGGAUCUUAGAAGUGAAAGCUUUUCAAAGGGAAGAGAAGCAUAUCUAGCCUAUGUUUUGGAGGGAACAAGGAAGAUUCAAGAUUGGGAUUUGGUAGGGAGAUACCAAAGGAAAAAUGGAUCACUGUUUGAUUCUCCAGCCACAACAGCAGCUGCAUUUACUCAGUUCAGAAACGAUGGGUGUCUCCGUUAUCUCUCUUCCCUCUUCCAGAAAUUUGAAUCUGCAGUUCCCACAAUUUAUCCCUUUGACCAAUACGCACGCCUUAGUGUAAUUGACACACUUGAAAGCCUGGGGAUCGAUAGGGACUUCAAGAACGAGAUCAGAAGGGCAUUGGAUGAAACUUAUAGAUGCUGGCUGCGUGGGGAUGAAGAGAUACGUUUGGACUUGGCCACUUGUGCUUUGGCAUUCCGGUUGUUACUUGCUCACGGCUAUGAUGUGUCUUAUGAUCCACUAAAACCAUUUGCAGAAGAAUCUGGUUUCUCCAAUACUCUGGAAGGAUACCUUAAGAAUAUAGUUUCUGUGUUGGAACUGUUUAAGGCUGCUCAAAGCUAUCCACAUGAGUCAGCCUUGAAAGAGCAGUGUUUGUGGACUAAGCAGUAUCUAGAGAUGGAAUUAUCCAACUGGCCGAUCACCUCUGCUAGAGAUCAAUACCUCAAGAGAGAGGUUGAGGAUGCUCUUGCUUUUCCCCACUACGCAAGCCUGAAAAGAUUAGAUCAUAGGAGAAAACUACUCAGAGGUUUCUGUUUAGAAAACACAAGAGUUAUGAAGACAUCCUAUUGCUUUCCCAAUGUUUGCAGCUCUGAUAUCUUGAAGUUAGCUGUGGAGGACUUUAACUUCUGCCAGUCCAUACACGGUGAAGAAAUGAAACGUCUUGACAGAUGGAUAGUGGAGAAUAGAUUGCAGGAACUGAAGUUUGCAAGACAGAAGCUGGCUUACUGUUACUUCUCUGGUGCUGCAACCCUUUUCUCUCCAGAGCUAUCUGAUGCUCGUAUAUCGUGGGCCAAAGGUGGAGUUCUGACAACGGUUAUCGAUGACUUCUUUGACGUUGGAGCUUCCAAAGAAGAAAUGGAAAACUUCAUACACUUGGUGGAACAGUGGGAUUUGAACUGUGUUCCUGAGUAUUGCUCUGAGAAAGUCGAGAUCAUUUUCUCGGUUCUAAGGGAUACAAUUCUUGAAACAGGAGAGAAAGCAUUCACCUAUCAAGGACGCAGCGUGACACACCACAUUGUGAAAAUUUGGUUGGAUUUGCUUAAAUCUAUGUUGAGAGAAGCAGAGUGGUCCAGUGAAAAGCCAACACCAAGCUUGGAGGAUUACAUGGAAAAUGCGUAUGUAUCAUUUGCAUUAGGACCAAUUGUCCUCCCAGCAACCUAUCUGAUCGGACCACCAAUGUCUGAAGAAACCGUCGGAAGCCCUGAGUAUAAUCAGCUCUACAAGCUCAUGAGCACUAUGGGUCGUCUUCUAAAUGACAUACAAGGCUUUAAGAGAGAAAGCGCUCAAGGGAAGCUGAACUCUGUUUCAUUGCACAUGGUACAUGACCAAGACAAUGGCGGCGAAGAGGAGAUCAUAGAAUGUAUUAAGGGUUUAGCAGAGAGAAAGAGGGAAGAGCUGCAGAAGCUAGUUUUGGAGGAAAAAGGGAGUGUGGUUCCAAGGGAGUGCAAGGAAGCCUUCUUGAAGAUGAGCAAAGUGUUGAACUUGUUUUACAGGAAAGAUGAUGGAUUCACUUCACAAGAUCUGAUGAGUGUUGUUAAAUCUGUUAUGUAUGAACCUGUGACCUUGCAGGAUGAGUCUCUAACUUGAUGCAAGUUUAGCUAGCAAGUAAACUUGUCAUUGUUUUGUAAUGUUCUGAAAAUCAACCAAAACAAUUUUGUUAAAAUCC